GGGUGUGGCGUCAACCAACUUUAUACCUCUGGUUCUUGUUGCGUCAUAGACAAUGGGUCAAGGUGUCAAUCAUGUCAAGCAGUGAUGACAAAUCAACCACUAGAAGCCACCAUGUGGAUGAAUCCUUCAUGCUCAAAGCAUUGCAACAACAAUUUCAGAGGCUGGACAUCAUGAAUGAUGCUAAUGAUGAUUUCGAUGAUGAUUAUAAAGAUGCAUUCAACACUGAUGCCCAGAACUCAAAUUUCAGCAUGGACAGAAUUAUGAGAGGUAGAGGGGGCCAAAGAGAGCAAAAUUUGACAAGGUGGGGAGAUCGGCAAGAUCAUGACUUAGGUAGCAUCAAGAUGAAGAUUCCUUCAUUUCAAGGCAAGAACGAUCCAGAUGUGUAUUUGGAGUGGGAAAAGAAGGUGGAAUUGGUGUUUAAUUGCCAUAACUAUUCUGAGGAGAAAAAGGUGAAACUAGCAGCGGUGGAAUUUACCGAUUAUGCUGUGGUGUGGUGGGAUCAGCUUGUGCUUAGUCGAUGUAGAAAUCGAGAGCAUCCUGUUGACACUUGGGAAGAGAUGAAAGCUGUGAUGAGAAAACGAUUUGUUCCUAGUCACUACUACCGUGAUCUCUAUCAACAAUUGCAGGGCCUUACUCAAAGGUCCAAAAGCGUUGAGGAUUAUCACAAAGAGAUGGAAAUUGCAAUGGUUAGAAAGAAUGUGGAAGAGGACAGAGAAGCAACUAUGGCACGGUUUCUACAUGGCUUAAAUCGUGAUAUAGCUAAUGUGGUGGAGCUGCAGCAUUAUGUGGAAUUGGAAGAUAUGGUGCAUAUGGCGAUGAAAGUAGAACGGCAACUCAAGCAUAAAGAAGCCACCACCAGAACUGGGCAAAAUUUAGGUUCCUCAUCUUCUUGGAAACUGAAUUUGAGCAAAAAGGAAGAAAAUUCUGUUUUUAAGCCUAAAACUGCAACAUCUAAGUCAAAAGAAGUUGGCAGCAACGAGAAGAGUAAAACAGAUAAUACGCAAGGCAGAAACCGAGACAUCAAGUGUUUUCGAUGCUUGGGAAGGGGGCAUGUUGCAUCACAAUGUCCUAAUAAGCACACAAUGAUCUUGAGAGAAGAUGGAGAAAUUGAAACCAAGGGUGAAUCUGAUGAUGAAUCUAUGCCAACAUUGGAAGAUGCUAAUGAUGGUGUGGAAUAUGCCGUUGAUGGAGAACUGCUUGUCACUAGGCGAGCUUUGAAUGUGCAAGCCAAAGAAGAUGAUGAAGUACAACGUGACAAUAUAUUUCACAUGAGGUGCCAUGUGAAAAACAAGCAUCCAAGGCCAUAUAAGUUGAAAUGGUUAAACGAUUGUGGAGAAAUCAAGGUAAAUAAGCAAGUUCUGGUUUCAUUCUCUAUUGGACGAUAUGAGGUACUUUGUGAUGUGGUUCCUAUGCUUGCUGGACAUUUACUUUUAGGGAGACCAUGGCAAUAUGAUAGGAGGGUAACACAUGAUGGCUUCAAAAAUCACUAUUCAUUUGUCAUGGAGGGGAAAACAAUUACUCUUGCACCAUUGAGUCCAAGGCAGGUUUAUGAGGAUCAACUGAGAGUAAAAAAAGAGAGUGAGCUUGAGGGUAUGAAAAACAAAGAGAAAACUAUGGAAAAAGAGUCCAAAAAGAGAGAAAAGAUUGAGAGUGUUGAAAACAAAGAGAGAAAAUCAGUGAGUGUUUAUGCAAAAAAAAGUGAUGUCAAAGCUGGGUUCUUUGCAAAGCAGCCUAUGUUUGUGCUUUUGUAUAAAAAUGCUUAUUUCAACACUAACGAACUUAAUGAUUCUUUGCCUAGUGUUGUUAAAUCUCUUUUGCAGGACUUCAAGGAUGUGUUUCCAGAAGACAUCCCUAACGGUUUACCACCAAUAAGAGGAAUUGAGCAUCAGAUUAACUUCAUUCCAAGUGCAACAAUUCUGAACUGACCAGCAUAUCAAAGCAACCCCAAUGAGAUAAAAGAACUUCAAAAGCAGGUUGAAGAACUCAUGAAGAAGUGGCAUGUGAGAGAAAGCAAGAGUCCAUGUGCAGUUCCAGUGCUACUUCUGCCUAAGAAGGAUGGGACUUGGUGUAUGUGCGUUGAUUGUCAUGCUGUCAACAAAAUCACUGUAAAGUA